GCGGCUGGCAGAGUAAACAAAAGAUGUUCCCACACUGAACGCUAUACGGGGCUUUUACUUUUGUAUAAACUAGUCACGAGAAGAAUAGUGAUUAUGGCAGUUGCAACAGUUGAAAGUACCACGUUAGAGAAGAUAAUAAGUUUCAUAAAUGACACAGGAUACAAGGAACUGAUGCAAAACUCAGCAAGAUUUAACGUGAGGAUUCGCAAAGACAGGAUAUAUCGGCAGCCGUACAUUGAUGGCCAAACAGGUGUGGCCCAGAGACACUGUCACUUAUUUGUGAGUGACAGACACCGUAUGCCAGGAAUUCUUCAGGGACAAGUGUACACUUAUCCAGCACGCAGAUGGAAGUCUCAGCGCCGCUCCUACCUUGGCUCACUUAUGCAGGCAACUGAUGCAGACCCAGACGAACACACAAUCACCACCGUGGAAAACCCAGCAGCAAUAGUCACUGCUGUAGAGGAACCUGUACCUCAGCCAGAUAAAGUUGUCAUGCCGCCUGACCAGUGGGCAACAUACUUUGAUGAACCUCCAUUUGAGGAUGAACUUGAUGAUGAAUUUGAGUCAGAAGAAGAUCUUGAUGAUGAGACAUACAGCAGGAAGGGAUCCAAGCGAAAGAAGACACAAGUUGGAAGGAAACCAAAGGCUGCUGGUGGGUUGCCUAAGAAAGCCAGCAAAAAGAAGACCUCAGAAAAUAGUUCCCAGCGAGGAGGCAAGAAGAAGGCGGCCCCCAAAACUCCAUCUAAGAUUCCAAAGAAUAUCAAGAAAGAUGACGAUGACCCCAGCAACAAGCCUUAUGGUUGUGAACUCUGUGGGAUGCGGUACAAGACGCGGCCCGGCCUAACUUACCACUAUGCCCACUCGCAUAAGGAGGAGAAGGAGGAGGAGGCUAAACCUAAAGCCCCUGCUAGACCUAACGAGCAAAUCCAAGCUAACGACCCCAUCCCAGACUACUUUCCUGGCCAGCUUCAGGCCUCAGCCACCCCACACUGGGGCCAGAACAGUUAUUACCAAGGUCGCAGUUCAGGCCGACGUGGGGGUGGAGUGGGCCAUGGAAGUGACUCUCUGAUGCCCUCAGCAGGGGCAGCCACAGUGGAUAGCCAGAGUGACAAAGGCAAGAAGAAAGUUUCAGCCUCCCCAUACUGUGACUUCUGCUUAGGAGAUGCAUCGGAGAACAGGAAAACUGGAGCUCCAGAGAGUCUGGUUUCAUGUGCUGACUGUGGGCGGUCCGGUCAUCCCAGCUGCCUUCAGUUUACCUCAAACAUGAUGAAAAGUGUGGUCAAGUACCGAUGGCAGUGCAUUGAAUGCAAGACUUGCACUCUCUGUGGUACUUCAGAGAAUGAUGAUCAGCUCUUGUUCUGCGAUGAUUGUGAUCGUGGCUACCACCUGUACUGCCUAGAUCCCCCUCUGUCUGAGCCACCAGAAGGGGAGUGGUCUUGCUAUCUGUGUAUUCAGGAGUUCCAUGCCAAGUAAGUGGGGAGUAUAAGGGUAGCUUCCCUGUAAGAAAACUUAAUAUUCAGAGAUAUUUUUUACUUUAUAUUUAUUAUGUAUUUCAUUGAAUUUUUGGUGAAAGAAAUGUACUAUAUGAAAUGAUAUGUAAUGACCUGCAGGUUAAUUAUUUGGUGUAACUUUAGAAAAAUGGUAAGAAAAUGCUUUAGAUGGAGCAUUUUUAUUGGUUAUAUUAUAAUUCAAUCAUAGGUAUAGUAAGUGCAAUGCACAAAGUGUAGAAAGUAAAACAUCUUUUCUUUACAAGAAAAGCAUUUGACAUACUUUGUGUCAGCAAGCAUGGUUUUCAAAAGAAAGUGGUUGUAAUUCAUGCCUAGUUGUCAAUUCUCAGGGAGUGUGAGAAUUAGGGAGAAUAAUGAUAAUCUCCUAUUUGCCAUAAGAAACCAAGUUGAGUUAUUUUAAUGUUACUAUGUAAUUUUGGUUGAUGGUUUAGUUUUGUCCUAUGAAUUUUUUUUUCCCCUUUUUUUCCAUGAAUGGCAGAAGUGUGUAGUAGUCAUAUGUGUAUCUUUUCUUAGUGGCGUGAAUUUGUAGUUUGGUAAUUGUGAGCUGAAGCCAAAGAGGAAAGCUCAAUAAUUAUCAGCAAUUUUGGCAGUAUUCUUUUGGCAGCAGCCUUUAGUUAUUUCAGGUUAGUUUUUUUUUUUAGAUCUUAGGUAGUUAAUGUGGCAGUCAGUAGAUGACUGCAAAUGGGCAGCAGACAUCAUAGUAUGCUUCAUCUACUUAAGAAAAUAAUUAACACAAGCACUUAAGAGACCACAUAAACUCUUUGGAAACAGAGGGAGUACUGGAUAUUUCACUUUGAAGCAUGUGUCGUCGGUGAUGUGGCUGUUAUUCUGGCAAGCAUGUCUUUUUUUAAACUGUGUCAGUUUUUGGGUUCUUUCAGUAUGUACACAUUUAUAUUAUGUUUUCCCUCUCUUAGGAUGGUUCUUUCUAAGAUUUUUUGUGGUGAUGUUCUCAGUGAAUUUUUCCUUAAUUGCAGGAAAUUAACAGGUUUGAAUAAUGAUCAAAGUGUGAAAGUAUUGAUUCACCAAUAAAGCCAACAUGUGAGGGUGUAUGAUAUUAAUAUUAAGUCACCUGUUCAGGAUUAUCAUUUUCUCUCUUAGCAUUAGUUUGAAAUUAUUAGUGAUAUAUUUAGAUUUACUAAUAACAUAAGUUUUUUUAGCUUCUGUAGAUUUUCUUUGAAGCAGAUUAAAGGAAUAAUUAAAAAGAAAAUUUUAGUAUUACACAGGUAUCUUGUUUAUAUCAAAUGCAUUGGAAAGUACUCCCUUUAAUUAGCUUGUUAUUUCAGUUUGCUUGAUCAGUGUUCAGUUGUCCUUCAUCAACAGUAGAUGCAUUUCCUGCACUAACAAAUAAGGAGUUAGAGCACAGAAAAAUAACUAUUGUUCUGGUUAAAAUUACAAUGAAUGCUGCAAUAUUAUUGUGUUACACUAACAGCUCACUCUUACAGCAUCAUUGUGCAGUAUUCUUCAUGUCAGUUUUUCUAAAGAAAUGGUUUUCUUGGUAGAAAUCUUAAAAUGAAACAUGUCUUCAAAGCAAUAAUGGUAGUUAUGCCAGUGUGAAUGCUUCUUUGAUAAAAGAAUUAUCCUGUCAUAGAAAGAGGUGGAAAUAUGUAGAAGAUAUAUGAAUCAAAUGAAUAAAUUGAAAUUGUAAUGUUAAUAAUGAUAAUAAUAAUAAUAAUAAUAAUAAUAAUAAUAAUAAUAAUAAUAAUAAUAAUAAUAGUAAUAAUAAUAAUAAUAAUGAUAAUGAUAAUUUGGAGAUGAUAUACAAAUUCAAAGGAUUUUUUAUUUGGAAACUUUGCUCCAGGUUAUAAUGUGUGUACCUUAGUCAAAGCAAAUGUUUUAGCUUAAGUAAUUAAAUAGUGAAUAUACUGGGUUGGAUAUAUCUAGAUGAUUACUUUAUUUGAUGAGUCCACCUAAUGGAGUUAUGUGGUGGAGAGUAGUGGUCUGGCUGGUGUCUGAGGUUGAAAUAACUAAUUGUUGGCUCUGGAGUUCUGUGUUAAUCUAAUGAUCUGUGGGAUUGCAUCCAGCUUAUUUGCUAGUGGUUCCAAUAUUAUUACCCUGUAUCAUAGUCAGUCUGCAUUUUUUAAUAGACUUAAAAUUUUUUUUAUUGUAAUGUGAUAAACCCUUUAUACAAAAUUCUUCCUCCAUCACUAAUCAGAUUUAUUUACAUAAUUAUUUGAAAUUCUGACAGGAUCUUUCUUGAGAAUUGUUUUGAUCAUGCUUCCUGUGUUUCUGGAAACAACUAAGGAAAAAUUAAGUCUGUAAAAAAAAUUCAACUUGUAAGUGACAUCAGCCAAAAGGUAUUUUCAUCAGAGUGAGAAAUAUGAAUGGGAACAGUGACAAAGUAAAGAAAAUAAUAAUAAAAAAAAUAUAUGUAUAGACAUUACAUUGUGCACACAUUCAAAGAUAAUCUAGUUAAAGCUUUCCUCACAAGCUGAUGUGAUUGACAGACCUAGCAGACUGUUUAAGGGGACAGUUACACAAAGUACUUAUCUUGUAAAUAGUAUGCUUAUUUUUUGAAUUUCACCUUCACCUAAAAUUUACCAUGACAGUUUUUAUACCAUGUCACAUUCAAAGUUAACUAUCCCAGCAGUAAUUUCCCAUAAGUCCCUAGUCUUCUCAGACACCUCCCAAGUACUGGAAAUGACUAAUUAGAUACAUUUUGCUUUAGUUAUCAGAUAAGUAUGAGAAGAUUAUUUAUUUUGUACUUUAAUUUAAUGUGUCUGGUGUAUUGUAUUAAUAUUUACAUACCUCUACAAAUACAGAAAUUAUUUUGAUUUUGAUAGUUUCAACUCACAGCAUAUGUAUCACAAGUACAGUGGUUCCUUUGAGCUCUGUCAGACACAUACUUUAUGCUUGGAUUAUUGUGAAUGAUUUUUUUUACUGGAUUCAUUUUGCACAGUCCAAAUAUGUGACAAUUACAGUUAGAGUAUAUUAUUACAUUUGAAUAAUGAGAUAUGCACAAUAUCAAUACCUUUAGUGUGUUUACCAUCAGGUCGUAGAACCAUAAAACAUAUGUAGUAAUUGGAAACAUUCUCUUAUAUAAAUCCAUUAUUUAUAUUAUAAUUAUUUUAUUUUAUUUUUUAUCAUCAGCCAUUGGUGUUACUGUAGAUAUGAUGAAAGUUUACAUGCUUCUUUCUGAAAAAUCCAGAAUAUAUAUGUAAAAAGUUUUAUAUGGAUGUAAAUAGAAAAAAAGAAAAAUAUAGGGACAGUUCCUUCAUUCACACCCUAGAAAUCCAGUGUACUAAUGUCAGCAAAUCAAAAUAUUGAAAUACUUCAUGGGGUAGAUUGACCCUUGUGACUGAUGCAGCCUGGCUGUGUUCAGAGCGUCCAAACAUGUUCCUACAACACCAGCAUCUUGUUCCUUUUGGCAAGAUUGAGUCCUUCAUACUGUAUUGUACUGUUCUUCCCAAUGUUUCUAAAAAGUAAUAGGUCUUUUAGUUUGGUCGAUAUUAUGAAGCAAGGCUUGAUGCUCAUUUUUAAAGCUUGUAGAGAAAUUUCUCUUCAUAUUAAAGAGAUUUUUUUUUAUUAUUUAUUUUUUAAGGUGUGUGUGUGUGUGUGUGUGUGUGUGUGUGUGUGUGUGUGUGUGUGUGUGUGUGUGUGUGUAAUAUCUGAAUUUUUAUGCUAUCAAGAAUUGUUUCAGGAUUUCGACCUGUUCCUUAGGCUGUGUUUGUAAAAGAUGAAUUUUAAGGUCUUCUGUGUAGUGGAUGUAUAAACGGAUGUUAAAUGCACUUAUUAUUCAGUUACACUUUCACUUGCAUCCAUUCCACAUUGUAAAGAGGUGGAUGAUAAUAAGUUAAAGUAGGAUUGUCUGUCUCUCAUUCCUUUUACUCAGCAAGACAAAGGUUUACUGAAAGAAGACUUGACACAUUACUGUAAGAAAUCUUAGCAGUAUAAUGCUUUAGUAUAUAUAAGAAUGUAGCUUUUAAAUGAGCAAAGAAGACUUUAGAUUUUGGCUCUAGAUAAGUCUGUUUUCUGUGUAUGUAGGAGACACAAUUAAGAUAAGGAAAAUCUUGGUUAAAAUUUGUGUAGAUUACUUUUGUUUUGUAGAGUAAUUGAUGUGUUCAUAAGUGUGCCAUUUCUCACUUACUCCUCAGAAGGGUAGUUCCUCCUACAAACAAGUGUAUACGAAGACUGCCAGCUUCGCUGCAGUUAAAUCUUUAAAUUUUUUGUUGAAAAUAAUUAAUUUAGAAUUAUAUCUAUGCUUAAAGGUGUCUCCUUCAAUUUACUCUCAAAUAAAUAGGUCCAAUAUUGAUAACAUAAGGAAGUGUCCAUAUAUGUCUGUUGUACCCCCAACUAGUUUGGGCUGGUCUAGGAUGCACACUUUUAUCCCAUAGCUGACAAAUUCAGCUGCAGAUGUGGUAUGUGGAGCAUAUUUAUCUUCUAGGCCAUGUGCAUGUCCCUCAAGGAUAAUAUGCCUCUUAGAUAUUGCAAAGUUCUCAGGUUACCUGCAUACAUACUACAAGUAAAGUGUCUCUUUGGUCUUAAGUGUGCUUCUUAGGAUCCAAGCCUGACUUCUUACCCUUCAUUCUAGAUCUCACAAGUGUCAUCUAGGCCCCACAUGGCUAUUGAGCCAAAUGUGUCUCCUAGGCCGCACACAUUUUUCACAAAGGUUUCUAUCAAGGAAAAUCAGGGUCAUUUAGAUUAAACAAUGUCUGAAGCUGUUCUCAUAGAACAUGGUAUAAAAAACUAACCAGUGUUUCGCUUCUGUCUUAUAUCACCUCAUAAUAUUGCAAAGCAUGAAGACUGAAUCUCCUCACCUCCCAUUAUGAACAUGUAUCAGGGCAUGUACAGUUGUAUUAACUUAACUGUGGAAAGUCUUCUAUCUUGCUGCCAGUACCUGUCUGGUCUGGGAAGUUCAAUUGGGUGCAUUUAAAAAUAUAUUAUUAGUAGUAGUAUUAUGUAUAUGUAUUUUCAUCAAAGCUUUGUCUUUUCUUUGGUAAUAUUUUGAUGGUGAAAAGAAAAGGUGCACAUCAUAAAGUGAUCAUGGUAAAAUAUAUUGGAGAAAAUACAGAAUGAGGUUGCCUUUUCUAUAUAUUCUCAAAGGAAAGUAUACAUUGUUCAGGAUAUGCAGUUCCUUAUAUCACAUAAGAUUUAUAUGCUUUUUUACUUCAUCUUGAAAUAAUUAGAUGUUCAAGAUGUAAAGUUUAUAAUACAAUGUGAAAUACAAGUGGAAAAGAUGUUUGUAAGUAAUAUUUGGUUCCUUUUAAAACCUGUUAUUGCUGUGGAUGACUGUUUAACAAAAAUCAACAUUCAGUGGAAUAGGAUUCGGAAGAAUUCUUAAUGAUUGAUUUUACUUGCCACAAUCAAACAUUGAUAUUUACUGAAUUCAUUCAGUAGUGAUAUGUCAAUAAUAAACUAAAGGAGAAGGGCUAAUUUAGUCUAGUGAUGCGUCAGAUACUAAAUUUUAGAGCUCUGCUGAUGUGGAGGCAGAACUGGAUAUGCAUCUCUCAUUAAAUGCGGUUGUGGAUAAGAUUGCAGAUGUUAAAUAUCAAUAUUGCAGAUGCAGGUGCAAUUGUGGAUUUCUUUUACCUCCAUAUCCACAGUUGUGGUUGCAGAUGAGGAUAAUUUUUACACAUAUCACAGUAAUACAAAGAGUGUUUUUAUCUGCCACACAAAACCUGCCUCCCUGUCACCUCUGCUCCCUUUAUCUGUCCAAGAUAAAGUUACCUUGCUCUCUCCCCUUCACUCAUUCCAUAGCAUUCACUCUUUCUCACCAUCUUGAAUAAUUCCAUUCUCAUUUUCAAUUAGUCUUAUUCUAUUUAUCAAUUCUCAGGAUUGUUCUUACUCACUCACAUUUCAUCCUUUGCUAACUUUCACACUCAUUUACGCUUGCAUUCUCUUACUCACACUGACUCGCUCUAAUUAACACCCACUACCAUCUGUACUCAAUCUCUCACACAUUCACAUUUCAUUUUUCAUUCAUGUUCGUAGUCUAACUCAUGUUUGUUUUCUUUAUACUUAUUCUCACCUAUUUCUUCCUAUUCGCAACCAUCCUCACUCUAUUAAUCCCUCAAAUCAUACUUAUUUUUCAUUCAACACAAUCAUGCUUGCCCCCACUCUCACUCAAACUUAGUAUACUUCAUCUCACAUGCUCAUGACUCUCUCUCUCUCUCUCUCUCUCUCUCUCUCUCUCUCUCUCUCUCUCUCUCUCUCUCUCUCUCUCUCUCUCUCUCUCUCUCUCUCUCUCUCUCUCUCUCUCUCUCUCUCUCUCUCUCUCUCUCUCUCUCUCUCACCUUUAGUAUCCUUCAAUCUCUCAGUGAGUCUCCCUCACUCAUUCUUACACACACACACACACACACACACACACACACACACACACACACACACACACACACACACACACACACACACACACAGAUUUGCAACCUCCACAUUUCUUUGACGCAGAGGCGGAGUGGAGCUUUUGUUAUUUGAAAGUGUGGAAGCAGAUAUUGAUGCAGAUCUUUUAUUGUUUCAAAACACGGAUGCAGAUAGCAAUGUGAAUAGUAUUUUUACUGCGGAUGGUCUGUGGAUGUGGUGGCAAAUAUCCCAUACAUCACCAAUGUAGUCGUUAUGUAGAUGGGCCAGAUGCAUUUUUUGAUGCCCCAUGCCGUAUGACUUGAUGUAAUGAUAUUUGAUUAUUUUCAAAUUAUAAUAGAGUUUUGCUAUUUGUGAAAGAAUCCACACUGGCAGAUCUAUACAGUUGAUAUUACAGAAUACUGAUUUAUUGCUUGACAGUCCAUAAAAGUUAACAAAUUUUGUGGUAGCCUCCUCAUGACUUAUUUGUGGCUGUUUUAUUUAUGUUAUUUAAUUUUAAUUUCAAUGAAUGUCUCCUGUGGAUGACCAUCUGGUAUAUAGAUAAAUCUUGAUGAAGGCCACAUCCUGAAACUACAUUUAUGGAGAUUUAUCAUAUAGUAGUGAUGCGAGUUGAGAAUGAGUGUGACAAUAAGACUAUAGAUAAAAUGCCAUUAAGAUUUUAAGAGAACUAGGAUGCUUGAUCAUUUUUCACAUGAAUUAGCUGCAGUGAGUGUGCUCUCAAGUUGGAGAGAUUUCUUCUGACAUUAUUGCUGCCGUGCUUUUGUCUGUCUCCAUCCACAUAAUGCAGCCACAGUGCCAUAAGGCAAAGAACCAAACAACACAAAGCUUAAAAUCAUGAAUAUAUGAAGAUGAGGCAGCCAUGGGUAGUUUCUUUCUUUGUGCAGAUUUAUUCUCACACUGCUUUACUUCCUGUACUCAUGCCUUGCAUCAAAAAGUUUCAUUAGCCACAUUCUGUAUUACAUAAUUUGGGACUGGAACCAGCAGGCUUCAACAUCUGUAUGUAAUUUAACCUUGUACUUUUAACAUAUGCUCUUUAUAUUCUUUAAUCAUGGUCUCCUCUGCCUAAUACACUUGUAUUUGCCAAAUGUAAAAGCAGUAUUUUAUAGAGGUAGUAACUUAUAGACAGGUAGAUGAAUGCACAAGUAGACAAUUAGUAGUACUUAUUUUCUCAUAUAGUUAUUUGCUGCACUUCUUUUAAUUUGCUAAGGACAUCAUUAAAACAAACAUAUAGAUAGAAGUUACAUUAUGUUCACAUCUACUACUCCAACAUUUUUGCUUCACUACUAGUGCUGGCAUUUGCUCUCAGAUUUAUUUGUUUUAUAUAAAAUUGUAAUGUAUGAAACACAAAAGUGAGUGAUGCUACUCACAAAUUUAGCUUUUUGACCUUUUCUCUUUUGUAACAUUUAUUGAACUUCUUCUCUGUCCUUGUACAGCUAUGCAGCACAGUACUGUAUUUGAUAGAUAUUUUGUUGACUGGUUUAGCUGUAAACAAUUUCAUCCACAGUAUAAAAUUUUCUGAUAUACCUUUCCCUGUAAUGUGCUAAUGGGGCUUGGAAUACAGCAGCGGGUGGCCUAUAAAGAAACAAAUGUUGUAACAUGUAUCCCUAUUAUCUGUUGAAUUUUACAUGACAUGUGUCACUCUCACCUGUACAUGCAUGCUACUGGUCUGAAUGCUUCAGUGUUUGUGACAUUUCUUUUACAAUGUUCAGCAACCUGUACCUGUCAUAAGGUAUGCAUAUGACCCAAGUCAUGUGUGUAUCUUAUUUCUAUCUGACCAUUUAUUUAUUUUCUUAUUUAUUCAGACAUCUUCAGAUCUGCAUGUCUUAUAUUUAUUUACAUGCCUAUGUAUUGUCACAGUUUUCCUGUCUUUUAAUUUUUUUUUUUGGAUGUACUUAUUUACUUUAUUAUCAGUAACACAAAUUAGAUAGGACAUGGAAUGAAGUUCUGAGGAUCUGAAGGACUAGACACCAAGAAAACAAAAUUAUACAUUACUACACAAUCAAGUAACUGAGGCUUGGCCAUGUAAGCAUGGAACCUUUUGUCCAAAAACAUGAUAUCCAGUGGAACUCCUUAAAGAGGUUUGUAUAGUUGUUCCUGCCCACAACACCUCAACCUGGUGCAAAGUAGUCUUUUCUCUACAUUUCAUUUACCUCUCUCUCUCUCUCUCUCUCUCUCUCUCUCUCUCUCUCUCUCUCUCUCUCUCUCUCUCUCUCUCUCUCUCUCUCUCUCUCUCUCUCUCUCUCUCUCUCUCUCUCUCUCUCUCUCUCUCUCUCUCUCUCUCUCUCUCUCUCUCUCUCUCUCUCUCUCUCUCUCUCUCUCUCUCUCUCUCUCUCUCUCUCAGAUAUUCAGAUACUGUUAUACAGUUUUAUAAGAGUUGUCCUUAUGUGUCCACAACAUCAUGGUACCAUGUAUUACCUCAAGACCACUCCUUAACUCAUCACAUGUCUCAAACUAGGUAUACUGGGAAUGUUCAUUAAUUUCUUUUUGCUGUCUAUACUGUUCACACCACAAUAGAUCUAGUAAUAUUCAUUCUUUCUCCUUAGAUCUUAGACCUUUGAUCUUUAUUCCAUUUCCAGGUUUCACACACACAUGUGAACUAGGUAUGUAAGAACUAUAUUUUGUCCUCUAGGUUGCAAGUGGUUUCCUCCUUUGUCAUGCGUAUUUAUAUUAAUUAUGUUUUACAUUCAAAAGAAUAUUUAGCUUCAUUACAGACAGUUAUGAAUUUGCACCUUAUGUGGAUAUGUAAAAUUACUUACCUCACUCUUUUAUAAAAGAAAUUAUUGGUUCUAAUUUUUUCCAUUUCUUCCAGCUUAUACUUUUUACAAAUGAUAUUUAACUGAUUUACUAAUCAUGAAAGUCAUUUCCUACAAUCAGUAGUGUUCUCUGUAAAACAAUGCUCAAAAUCCUUUUAACAUCAACGACACGUUUCUAGUACUUGCUUUAAUUUGUCUCACAACUUCAGUUUUUGUCUUGCUUUAUUUCCCCUUGAGGUUAUGGCACAAGCCAUUUUUUUUUAUUUACUGGAGGAAGCACACACACACACACACACACACACACACACACACACACACACACACACACACACACACACACACACACACACACACACACACACACACACACACACACAUUGUAUGAUAGCAUUCCGUUAUAUGGAUGAGGACAUGAUGAAAAAAAAUUAUGGUAGUGUUUCAACCAAGAUUGUAUUAUGCUGCAGUAGUCUGGAGCUUCCAUAAAAAAGAAACAUAUUAAAAGAAAUGAAAGGAUACAAAGAUCUGCUACAAAAAUGGUGAACAACCUGAAGGAUUUGACAUAUGAGGGCAUGGAAAGAAACUAAAUAGGACAAGAUGCUGGAGGGAUGUAAAAAAAAAGUUUGGCUUUCCAUAAAGAUAUAUGGGCAUGUGGAAUGGGCCUGGGUGAAAGGUAGUUCAUGCCAAAAACGUUUAUGAGUUCAAGGAGAAGCUUGAUAACACGAGAUGUGGAGACGAGACCUUACCAGCCUAGCUUUCUGUAUGUUACAACUAGGGAACACACACACACACACACACACAUGUCCAUCCUUAAAUACAUAGUUAACAUUGCACAUCCUUGUCUCACAUCCUUCAUUCUGAGAUUCAUUCAUUGACUCAUCACUAGUGGCAUAUUCUGGUCAUUUAAAGAUUACAUUCCAUAUUCAUGUGUUUAAGUUAUUAAGCUUGAUGGGAUAAAACUUUGCUUCUAAUCCUCUCUUCAUUUACUCAUAUUUAUUUGCUUUCAUAACGAUGUCUUAUAAUUAUUUGCAAUUUUACUCUGCACCUCUCUCUCUCUCUCUCUCUCUCUCUCUCUCUCUCUCUCUCUCUCUCUCUCUCUCUCUCUCUCUCUCUCUCUCUCUCUCUCUCUCUCUCUCUCUCUCUCUCUCCUAUUUUCUUCAUUUUAUUUUUAUUUUGUUUGCAUUGUACUAUAUUAAAUCUAUUUCAUAAAUCCUUUUCAUGACCUCAUUUUCUGUUUCACUUUUGUUGUAACAGUGGUACAAUUAUGGAUUGCUCUGGCUACAUUCCUAUGCAUCAGAUUAUUCCUAUUAGUUUUUAUAUAAAUAGGUGGUAUAUCUACCCUGUCAUAGCUUCUUGUUCAAAAAUCUGUACAUUACUUAAUUACAUGUAUUGUCAUAGAACUGUAAUGCAAGAUAAAUAUGUCUGUCUUCCAAACACACACACACAUACACACACACACACGCACACACACACACAGAGGCAUGUUGAGGUUCAUGUCCCAUUCAGGUUUCAAUGUUUUCACUGAUUAAUGGGCAGUUAAUGUCUUCCUUGAGCAAGAGGGUGUAGUGUGUGGUGUAUGAAAGGCAGGCCCCAGUUUUACCUAUAGAUUAAACCACAUAAACUUUAAGGUCUCUUCAGGAGGAAAUAGCUGAUGAUAACAGGUCCAACACAUAAUCCUUAGGACAUUGGGUGGAUCACACACACACACACACACACACACACACACACACACACACACACACACACACACACACACAUAUGCCUGAAUAAUAUAAAGAAUAUAGCUUCUGCCAUGGAAAUAUAAAAGUUUAGAAUAAACUAAGUGAGAAGGCAGUACCAACAAAAGGAACACUGGAUGAAUACUGAUUUGGAGAUGGGACCACAUGAGUAUUGCUUAGAGCAUGUAAAAUAUAACUUGGUUUAUGCAACUUUGUAACACACACACACACACACACACACACACACACACACACACACACACACACACACACACACACACACACACACACACACACACACACACACACACCCAGAAAAAAAUGGCACCUUAAAAUGUAAUGAUGUCAUAGGGUACUCUCAAGGAUAGGAAGAAAGGUUCAUCAAAUACAGUAAUAUCAAUGCACAAAGUAAUGUUUUCAUUGGUGUUGGAUGUGUUUUUUUUCAGUUAUGGUAAGACCAUGGAUUAUGUACUUGAAUAUCCAAAGACAGUAGAAAUGAUAAUUCUAAUUAUUAUUAUUAUUAUUGUUGUUGUUUAUUUAUAUUUAUUUAUAUAUAUUUUUUCUGCUUAAAUUCAGUAUUGCAACAUUGUUGAGGUGUUGUUUUAUGAAGGGAACCUUUUUUAUAAAUAAGACAUUAGGGAAGAGAUGUGUAAUCUCUCUUAACUCAGUGUUUGGUUUUACCUCUGGUUUAGUUGAUAUAUGAGAAGGUAAAGUGUGUUGGCUACAGAGAACAAAUUAAUUGUAAGAACAAAUUGUCUUAGCCAAGAUGUAAGCCAUGUUUAGCACCAAGAGCUUAAGGGCUUAGAUAUGAUGAUAAUCAUAUCUAAGUCUUUUAUCUUUACUGAGCAACACACAAAAAUUAAAAGUGGUUCACUGAAGAGCAUGCCAAUGAUAAAUUUACAAGAUGGUGGUAGGCAGAAUAGACAGUGUGCUAGCACACAGAAAAGUGUUUGGCUAUAUGCAGAAUGUAACAGGGUAGUUUCAUUGAAUACAUUGUGUUCAAUGUGGUGUAAUGUAGUUGGCAGUCAGAAUAAUAGGACUGAUUUUACUUGAGGCAUGUCUAAUUAAAACAAAGCAGUGCAAGUUCAGGGUGGAAAUUAUCAGUGUUGGAAGUAGUUCUUUGCUGUACAGGAAAAAAAAAAAGAAAAAACAUAUGUGAGAUGGUGUGAUGUAGGGAAUGGAACAGAAGUUAGCAUUAUAAUAAGAAUCUGAAGUGAGUGAAGAAAUUCAGGGACUAAUGAGGGGACUUUCCUUGGACAUCGAACAUAGACUGUAUACAGCAUGUGUGAGAACUAUGAUGUAGCAUGGUAAUGAAACCAGGCCUAUGGAAUAUACAAAGAAAUUGGAGAAUACUGAAAAAAAAAGCUAUUAAUAAUAAGUAAUAAAUAAAUAUAUAAAUAAAUAAUAAAAGAUAGUGAGAUGGAUGUGCAGUGCUGGUGUGAGAGACUGCAUAGUAAGCAAGGUAUUGAACACCAGAAUUUUGAAUAAGAUAAUAAGUAAAAAAAAAAAAAAAAAGAAGAAUGGGUAGAUUGCAUUGGUAGCCAUUAAGAGAGAAAAGAUAAGAAUGACUGAAUUUUGGAUGUUUAAUAUUUUAAAGUAAAAGGAAGACAUGAGAUGAAAUUUCCAGGAUGACAGGCACUAAACAUGACAUAGACACAAUAAAACUAUGUAGUUUAUCUAGUUGCCAACAGAUGGUAAAAGCUGACUCAUGUAAACAUGUGACCUGCCUCUCAAAACACUGAUGACACUGGAAGGUACCACUGUUCAGUGUUGCCUGUUGAAGGAAAAUAAUUUACAUUGAGCUUUUUGACUUCUCAUAAAGACAUGCAGAUUCUAUAUUGUGUGUGUCUUGCAGAAUUAACAUGAAGUAGAUGAAGGAAAAUGAGAAACUUUCUUGAGAUGAAGUAAGAUUUGCAAAAAGGAAGUGGCACUGUAGCCUUAAUUUUUCUUUGAGUUGUUGCAAAUAACCCUGAAAUCAUGGUGUUUCAGUGCUGUGCCACAUAAUAUUUCACAAGGUGAGAUGAACACUUAAAUGUUUGUUAUAAAUACAAAGAUAUCUUAACAAGUUUAGCAGUGUUGAAACCUAUUGCCUUUUUGAAAAUGGCAGUGAUCAUAGCCCUAUACUUUGUACAACAUCCAAACUAGUGACUGUCGCGUGGUGUAGUGUUGCUGACAGAUUCACCAUGGUGAUUAACCAUUACGCAUGUCUUAGCAGAUCAUUUAUUUUUUCCAUUUGUUUAAUCCAUCUUCUGCAUUGUCAGCACAACUACUUUUAUUUAUGUUUUAUAACUUCAUUGAUAUUGACCCAAUAACCAGCUACAUGUUGGUAAUUGAAGGCAGUUGAUAUAAUUCCAUUCCAUCCUUAGUUUAUAUUUAGAAAUUGUAUUGGAUUUAUUAUACUAUUACCAACCUUAGUUUCUCUCUCUCUCUCUCUCUCUCUCUCUCUCUCUCUCUCUCUCUCUCUCUCUCUCUCUCUCUCUCUCUCUCUCUCUCUCUCUCUCUCUCUCUCUCUCUCUCUCUCUCUCUCUCUCUCUCUCUCUCUCUCUCUCUCUCUCUCUCUCUCUCUCUCUCCUUUCAGUUAGAUCCAGACAGUUUUAAGUCUUGUUAAACCUUCAAUUACACCUGCUCAUUUUCAAUCAAAAUAAUAUUUGUGGUUUGUUUGCACCAUUUUACAUUCAAUCUUUAUUAGAUUAGGCAUGAUUGCCUUGAUGGCUUCAGUUACAUUUCAGUUACAUUUGCCUCUCCUAGUACGUAUCUUAGUUGUGCAGUUUUACCUCCUAUCAUACCAAUUUGUUUUUAGAUUUUUUAUGUCUUCAUAUCCUCUGAAACCACGUAAAUUGAUGCCAAGCUUUACAUCCUUACAUAUCAAAUCUUUGGAAUUUAUGUUUUUCCCCUUUUCAUUUUAAGCCUCGUGUAUCAAUGUGACAAGAUUAUCAAUCUGUUUUCUUUUAAGAGUCAAACUAAAGUAUGUGUUUCAGUGAUCUUUUAGUGAAAUGUAGCAUCUGCUCAUAGUAGUACAAGCUAUGUAAUCAGUCCCACACAGUUAUAUAAAAUGCAGUACACACAUGCAACACAACAGCAUAUAUGGGUAAAUGUAGAAGACAGUUAUUAACAAACCACUAUAAAUUUAUUUUCUCCAUUGCAUUACACACUACCAUUGUUUUCUUCAUUGCACUGCAUACUACCAUUACACAGCCAUUCGUUUUCUACUAUGCAAACAGGGAGGCCACUUGUACCACUGGUAUACGCAUGUUGGAAUCUCACAAAUUCAUGGCUCAGGGAACUUUUAGGGUCUCGUGAGAAAUUUCUUAGUUUGCAGUUCCACUCACCAUCUGUUUCUCACAUGAUGGAAAUAUAGUGUAUAGAGGAUGUGCAAGAUGAACCCAUCUCCGUCUCCUAAGCAUCCAGGUUUCAGAGAUUUAUAAAAGAGUUUGAGAUAUUAAAUAAUUUUCAGUCAGCUGAUGAAAACCAAGAAAAGACUAAGCAUAGUUAUGUUCCUGGCAGAAACAUUACAUUGAAAUUGGUAACUAGUUAUAUUGUAAAUUCCAUAUGUACAGUAUGGCAUUAAUUGCAGCAUAUCAUUUCCCUUUUAACAUGAAUAAUUAUAUGAGUGGAGUGCCAAAGCUAUGGUAAAAAAACCUGAAAACAGUUUUCACUAUUGAUGAAUAUAUAAGGAAAAAAUAUAUAAUACAUACAGUGUAACUUUUAUGCAUUUAAAACAUCAUGUAAUAAUGUUCUAAAGUUAUGAAAAGUUAUGGUGAGCAAAGUUGUAGAUGAUUGUAUGAUGCAAAGAAGUACCCACUUGUGCUUCCCACAGUGCUUGCCAUUGUUCUACCUCAGCCAUGACACGGCAGCCCUGAGCACCACCAGUAGUCAAUGACAUAACCUUCUCAUGCCACAAACUUUGGGUAAUAGUACAUAUUCAUACUAACUCUCGGAACUUGAGAUCUAUUAUUAGAUACCUAGUAAUCUUAUCAUCUUUUGUAAUACUAAAGUAGUUAUUUUAAUUUUUACAAAUGUGAGGGAAUCUUGGUCUAUUAGUUCCAUGUUGUAAGCCUGGAAAGGUUCAUGUUUAGAUGUCUCACACAUUGAUUAUAGAAAUGCACUAACACAGUUUAUGCAGAAUUUUGUUACUCUGAAUGAAUGUAGUUAUUAGAGAGAGAGAGAGAGAGAGAGAGAGAGAGAGAGAGAGAGAGAGAGAGAGAGAGAGAGAGAGAGAGAAUAAUAAUGAGUUUAGAAAUGAUCAUCUAACAUGCAAAGGAAAAGAAUGAAUCAAAUUAAUUACACCCUACAUAUCCAGCUGUACUAUGCAUGUACUUUCACACACAUCAUAAUUCAAUAUGCUGUACUAAUUUUUUAAAACAUUAUUUAUGAUUCAUUAUAAGAAUCUGCUAAUUAUUUAUGAAAGCUGAAGAAAGAAUUGUUGUGUUUGAGAGUCUACCUCACACACUGCUAGGAAAUUUAGCAUAUAAAUAUUUGUAUAUUUUUUAUAUGUGAAUUGUUUUAUAGGCAGAACGUCUGUACCAGCAGAAAAGAAAUUGUUUUAUACUUGUGAUGCAUUUCUUUACUCUAGAGCAUUUGAUGUAUGAACGUCUUUCAUCCACACUCUUAUAAUUCAUAGUUUAUUAAUAUCUAGUUUUCCUUACUGUUUUUCCUUAAAAUAUGAGAUGUAAAGAAGCCGUGGUGCUACGGAAAUAAAUAAUGUUUAGAUUUAUUUAUUUUACCAUUUUAAAUUUCUUAAGUAAUGUAAUACAUUGAUGCUGUGUUAGUUUAUUUACACUGCUUGUAAUGUGCAUGUGAUAAGUUUCUACUGGUAUUAAUUUUUGUUUCCAUAGAAGGAAAAGGAUAAAAUAAUUUAAUGGGAAGCUUUUAACUUCUGAUCUCUGCUACAGUAUUUCUUUUUAAAAUUUUCAACAAGAUGUGGAUGAAAGAAUGUUAGCUGUACUAUAGGGGUGCUGCUAGCCCCAGCUGUCAUUUAGGCAACACAAAAACCCAAGCAAGAGAAAGCAAAUUCAUGACAUUUGUAAGGAAGGUGAGUUAAUUAAGGCAGUUACAACAGAAUGUCAGACAAGAUGUCUUUUACAUGUGUUUUGUAAAAUUGAAAGCGAAAAUAAACUGACAGUGAAA